AUGCAAAUCGAGAAUAUUCCACUGUUCCACGUGGAUUUUUGGGUGCAAGUUCACAAUCUACCUGCAGGGUUCAUGUCUGAGAAAGUUGGAAAAAAUAUGGCUAACUUCAUAGGUAAUUUUGUGGAGUAUGAUAAGAAUAACAAUUCAAGCUUAUGGAGACAAUAUAUGAGGUUACGAGUUAAGAUCGACGUUCGGAACCCUCUUAAGAAAAGUACGAGAGUGAAGAAUAAAGGCGGUGACUGGUGCAAUGUGACAUUCAAGUAUGAAAGACUCGGAUUGUUCUGCUUUGUGUGUGGUCGACUUGGACACAAUGAGUCCAAAUGUGAAAUCCGGUUUGCAAUGGAUAAUGAUGACGGUUCGAGAGGAUGGUCAGUGGAAUUAAGGGCGGAAAGUAGAAGAAAUAGUGGUGCUACGGUUUCGCGGUGGUUGAAAGAGGAACAAGGAAGUUGA